UUUCGUAUAAAUUACAAAAUAUCUGAGAAAGAUGGUGAAUGAUUUAAAACUGGAAUGCUCCUUUUCUUCUUGGUAUCCAAUAUUCAAGAAAGAUUCCUUAGAGGCUAGAAUUCUUCACAUUCCCGAUGAAGUUUUAAAAUAUUUGGAGCAUGAUACAUUUGUAUUGCCUCUUGAGGCAGCGAAAUCUUUACCGAAGGAUUCCGAAUGGGUUGAUGGUUCACCAGUGACAUGUGAAGAAGAAGAAACGGAUUAUCAACCGACAUUCCCUGAAUUUAGUCAACAAAUACAGGAAAUAUUAGAUGAGUAUGAUGCAGUAUUUGUCAAAACAAAUUGGAGUACACCUGCGGAUGCUAUGUGGGUUGCACCCACAAAGACUCUCAAAUGUAACACGCUAGAAGAAAUCUAUUUGUUACUGAAAAGCUCUGAUAGGAUUGCUAAAGAUCUGAACAUCGUAAAAUCUUCAAAGGACUAUGAGAACUCUUUGCCUUUCUGUCUGGUGUUGAAACAAUGGCGAGAUAUUAAUCCUUGCACAGAAUUUCGCUGCUUUGUUAUAGAUAAUGAGCUCAUUGCUAUAAGUCAGAGGGAUAUAUCGCAGUACCAUAGUUCCAAUGAGUCACAAAAAUAUGACAUACAGACAGAUAUUAAGAGCUUAUUUUUAGAGCGCAUCAAAGGCAGAUUUCCAUUACGCAAUUAUUCCUUCGAUGUUAUACGAUAUAAGAAAGAUAAAGUAAAAAUAAUAGAUUUUGGUACAAUGGAUGCAGCAUCUACAAAGGAAACGCUUUUCACAUAUGACGAAUUGCAAAAUCAUAUUGAAAAUACGCCGGAAUUCCGUUUUAUUGGGGAGGAGAUAGGUAUUCAGCCAAAGCCACCAAUGCAAUUUUGUAUUCCGCAAGAGAUCAGCGAGUUUUUCCAAUCGAGAGAUAAUGUCACGUUGCUGGACCUUAUUCAGAGGGAAGUGGAAAGUCAACGGAAAGAGCAUGAAAAAGAAAAUGCUAACGUUUCAGAAAGUACUUGAUGUAUAUAUAACGUAUAAAUAAAUAUUUUCCUUAUAUAUAAACAUCAGCUGUAACUCUUUUACUCACAUGUAUAAGGGAUACAAAACUUAAAAGAGGUAUUAUAAAUUAUUGUUACAUUUUAUCUUUCUCAAAGAAGGCUAAUAUCUACUAAUAAGUACACGCGCUAAUAAAUAUACGCGAUUACACAAUGAACGGAUUUUAAUCUUUAAAUCUUGUACAUUACAUUUUAGCCUGUUUAAAUCCUAUAUUUUGAGAUCAUUCGAUUACAUCUCAGUGUCAAAAGGAAUAAUCGAACUUAUUCAAUUAUUUCGCUCUUUCUAAGUUAUCAAAUUUUGUUGGUUUCUUCAUUCCGAUAGACGUUACAAAAAAUUCAGAAUUACCUGCAUGCAAUAGAGAUCAUAUCAGAUCUGUCGAUUGAGUUGAAGCUGAUAAUUUUCAUAGCGUGUCAUGAUACAAUCUGAAGCUUUCGAUUUAUGUAAAUGUAUAAGUAAAUGCAAUUAAAUACUCUUGAUCAAUCCAAAUCGUUUCUGUAUUUUGGGAUGCGAUGCGUUUGCGUGUCUAUGUGUAUAUGUGAAUGAAUGUACACCGACAGGAUAUUUAAAUACAGAACUUUCACUUUUAUUCUGCCAGACUCUCUUUUUCUAUCAUUACAUUACAUAAAACGAUUAAAGGCUAUCCUACCGCUUGAAAGAAUUAUCAUAAUAUUGCAGUAUUUUUCGAGCCAUCGGCCUUUUUACCGAGCGACGUCCCUUAUAUAGAAAAUAUGUCUUGUUUAUGUACAAUAUGCAAUCCUUAAUACUUCAGUUUUGAAAAAGGAUCUCCGAUAUAUGUACCUCCGGACAAGUUAAUACGCUGUACAGUCAUAUCCAAGGAGUAUUUUCAUCUUUCUCUCCCUUUCUAUGUUUCUCUCUGUUCCUUCCUCUCGUUCUCUCAUCUCAUAAUCUUCAUAAAAACAAAAACCAUAGGAUGGGGCGACUACUGCUGUGUGCGAUUUUAUCAUUUUUAUCAGUGGACCAUGGAACGUUUCUGAAACCCGAACUCUUCGCAAAACGACCCAACAGCUUUUCGCAUCGGGCCUCGCACUUCAUCUGUAUAGUUCUGCCGAGUAUUAAGGAUGAAAAAUGCUUAAAUUCUAAUUUUUCAUAACAUAUCGAUUUCAUUAAUUUUUUAGUAAUGCAAACACGU